GUUAUAGCCAUUAAUGUUCAGUAAGUAUAGGGGGGUGCCUGGCCAGUCUGAAAAGGAAAGGCUACCAGUGCAAUCAGCAAAUCCCUCCCGCGUAACGCAAGCAGCUCAGAAGAGUAUAAAUGUCCUCAGCUGGUGGAGCGUAAGCAGUCCAGUUUGCAUUGUGCGGUAGCUGUGCGGUGUUUUAAACAUGAGCUCCUCCAUCAUCUUCAUUCUUUUGGGUCUGGCUGCACACAUCUGUGCACUUCCAGUUCAGAAUUCUCUUGCGUUAAAUGAAGAAACCAAGAGGGUUAAAAGAGGCUUUUCAGGCGAGCGCUUGGCAGAAGAUGAUAUGACUGCGAUGGACAAAAUUAUGGAUACCAAUGAAUACCAGAUAACUCCCUUUGCAGACAGCCCCACUUUCAGAGAAGGCGAUAUUGCUGUCUCAACUAAAAGCAGCUCAGUGAGGUGUUUUGCACAGAGCUGCUUGUGGCCAAAAUCUGUGGAUGGCCAUGUGUAUGUGGCCUACAACCUUUCAACGGAGUACUCUGAUAUAGACAGAAUGAUGAUAGAGGCUGGAAUGGAGGACCUUGCUAAUGGUACCUGUAUCAGGUUUGUCCCGCGCAACCAUGAGUCCAACUACCUGAACAUCCAGUCAAAAUCCGGCUGCUGGUCCUACCUGGGUGUUAAUGGAGGCCCUCAGGACCUAUCUCUUCAGUCUCCGGGCUGCAUGUGGUCUGGAAUCGCCUCUCACGAGCUGAUGCACGCUCUGGGCCUGGUCCAUGAACAGUCUCGCAUCGACAGAGAUAAAUACAUCACUAUUCUGUGGGAGAACGUUUUGAAAGAUCAUGAGUUUAAUUUUGACAAGUACAAGGCUAACAACCUCAACACCCCAUACGACUACGGCUCCCUCAUGCACUUUGGAAAGUACGCUUACUCUGAGGAUGGUUUGCCAACCAUCAUUCCAAAGAAGUACAUCAAUACAGCCAUUGGCCAGAGAGUUGGUGCCAGCCCCAUCGACAAAAUGAAAAUUAAUAAACUCUACAAAUGCCGUGAAUAAACACAUUUCUAACUAUUAUCUUUGUAAGUCUUAAAUCCAGCCAGGAGAAGUGCAACAUUUCACAGUAAUACUGUAUCAGCUUUGCCAAUGAAUAUGCUCUGUACCGUAUUGGUUUUACUACCAACAGUGUCAGCACAGUUAGAUGAUUCAAAUAUAACUGUGCUAACAAACGUAGACGGUGGAUUACAGCUUGAUUUGGUUUAACCUUUAAUUGUACUUAACUGAUAGCACCACCUGGUGACUGAACAUUGCUCUAUUUAUUUAUUUCGAGCUCAGGAAUCACUGGUUAAUUGAUUCCCUUUGCUGUUCAACCAAUACAAAACCUACAUUACAUUGAAUCAGCUGUUUUACGUCAAACAAAGAUAUAGAGAUGCUUACAUUUUCACUGUAUCAUAAUAAUAUUAGUAUGUGUGCUUUCAUAUUUAUUUUGCUUCUCUACAUAGACAUUUAAAUGAGAAUCAGCAGCAAGUCUGGUGGACAUUGUGCCCAUAACACCUAAAGGAAGAAUUCCCGGGUGAAGAAUAAUACCUUCCAAGUAGAAUUGCGCUACAUUCCA